AGGAGAUGUCAGAGAUGGACAAGUUGUUUGACCGCUUCAACACCAGAGGUGGACUGAUAGUCGGCUCAAUACUCGGCUUGAUCGUCCUCGUUGCGUGGAAUCGGCUCCUUGAGUUUAUCUUGCAGGACAGCAUACAGUCAGGAUUGUGGACAACUGCAACUACAUUCGUCCUCCUGUUGGGGUGGACAUUCACGUACUUUAACCGGGUGGCCACCAAGUCUACGACGUAUGCGCAGCAGUUGGCAGAGUAUGAGCAGAAGGUCAUGAUCAGAAGGCUGAUGGAGCUGAGCGAGGAGGAGAUCAGCGCUUUAUGCGCGGAGGUUGGUAUCUCGGAGGCCGAGCUGCAGGAGGUCAUGAAGACCACCGACGGCAAGGCGGGCGACGGCAGCGGCCUGACCAACAAGGAGAAGGUCCUUGCGAUCUUCAAGAAUACGCCGGCGCAGAUGCCCUCAUCAGACCCCAGAAUGAUGGUCUGAGGCUUUGGCGCAGCAUUCCUGGUUGGUAGCGGCUGCGGCGAUCGCCAGUAAUGGCGGGGCAAGGGAAUGCGUUGCAUACAUUCAGGCUUGCAGCAGGUGUCGGUGCUGGGCAGGGGAUCGCAGGGGGUCUCAGAGCGCGCAGUCCUGGUGCGGCGUGUGCAGGCUCUGUGGGGCUGGGCUCGUCACCGGUAAACAAUGGCGCUCCAAAUGCCUCCUCUGCGCAAGCCGCCGCCGCUCGCGCGGUGCGCCCUUGGCUGUGCGCAGAGGGCCGUUCGCAGUGGCUGUUGUGGCGCAGUGCUCAUUCGGAAAUGAUGCACUGUGUGCUCCGUCGGUUUGGCAUCGAAGUCGAACUACUCUCAGAGACGGUUUGCUCUGUCGGCCAGAUGGGCCUGUGCGCGGCCUGGACACACGUCUUCGUGCUCUGGGCUCGCGACCCCAGUUGCAGCACCAUUUCAAAGUUCCAGCUCUGGCCGCGGUGGAGCUUGUGCUCGAACGAGUCUGGAGACAAAAUGUGGCGAAACGUAUCCGGCGGCCUGUGCCAGGUGACCGUUUUUUUAUUUAUUGUUUUGCCGAUCGGCGCGGGCCCUCUUCCCCCCCCUCCCCCUACCCGCGCCCGCAUGCGUCACUCACACCC